CCUGCCUUACUGGACGCACCACAGAGGCUCGUCCAAGCCCCAAGUGAGAAAGUCAAGGCGUGGCCAGUGUAUGUACCGCAUGGCUGGAAAUACCUCGCUGGUGAAAUGAGACGUUCUGGAAAGCAUGAUGGACGAGGGUGGCCUGCUCUGGGGCUCCCACACCCUGAUAAGAUAACACUUCCUUACUUAAAACGAUUGGAGACAGAAGGGAGUUUAUCAUCUGCCUUCGAGAACACUACCAGUCUAGCCAUGACGAGCCUCCUGGUGCUCCUGCUGGUGGCGGCGGCGGCGGCAACGCGACCUUGUCCUGACGCUAAUGCCAUCUAUCCGUGUACCUGCACUACAGAGGACAUAGGCACUGCCAUCCAUCUAAACAUGGACUGUUCUGAUGUCACCAGCGACUCUAGGCUGCAGUCCGUGUUUCAGGCGAGUUUUCCCUUCAGUAAUUUUUGGAGCUUAACCAUCAAUCCAGUAAUUUCCCAUCCUGCUCUCACCACACUCAGUCCCUACGUGUUCGGCGAGGUGACCUUCGUGCAUGUUCUUAUCGAUAACACAUACAUCCAUACCGUCCACGAGGAGGCUUUCUCGGCGUCCCACUCCACUCUUACCAACCUCACGCUCAUCAACAGCAAGAUCAAUGAGUUCCCAUUUGAGACGAUGGCUUCGUUCCUUCAUCUGCGCAACCUGAGUCUGUCCAACAACAGGUUCCCCUCGUUGCCCAAUCUGGAGUCCACUUCGUUGGAGGUGCUUGACCUCUCACAUAACACGGCCUUGACCUUUACCCAGGACACGCUAAAGGGCACUCCACAGCUGAGGGACAUUUACCUCCACAACAUGGACAUCACCUACUUCCCCGCUAACGUGUUCAGCAGUCUCAAUAGGCUCAAACUCGUCGACCUCUCAAACAACGUCCUAAAGGGGAAGCUGGAACAGGCCAUCUUCCGCGUGCCGCUCGACUCCGUGGAGGAAAUAAGGCUGAACGACAAUAGCAUCACUGGCAUCGCGUCCACCGCCAUCACAGGUAUGCACAGGACGGCCACGGUUGACUUCAGUAACAACCAUAUCACCGCGCUGGAGUGGGAUGACUGGUAUCCCUUGCUAGACCAGCUCACCGGAGUGGGGGCGGUUGAUCUCUCAGGUAAUCCUCUGCAGUGCUCCUGUGACCUGGUGUGGCUACUGCUGGACGAAGACGAGCUGGAUAAGAUAACCGACACGACCACCUGUGUGGAUGGCACCCCUAUGAAGAACGUGGAUAUCAACGACCUACUCCUUAUGUGUUAACGCGGUGGCACCGAGGGCGGUGGACGCGAAGGCUAUGCUAGUUUGAAAGAUGCUCGAUCACUAUAAAAAAAAAAAAAAACGAUGUUUCUAUAAAAAUACGUAGACAGUACAAUAUGACACAUAAACACACCCUAUGAACGAAUAAAGUUACAUGAAAAGAUA